GUCCCAUAGCGGUACCCCGUGAGGAUGAUGCACAGCAAAUGCUCCCUACGAACCGUUCGAUUCGCGUUCGAAGAAUGGAAGAUUUGUGCGAUAGCGAAAGCGGGUACACACCUCCCCCCACCAGCACCGAUCCAACAACCCGAAAUCCGCAUAAAGUCGUCCGGAAAUGAGCCGCCGCAGACUGGUUGAAAUGAUUGGAUGGUUGUGUUGUGUGUAUAUGCGUGUUGGUGUGGAAGUUCGUUCGUAGAUGCGGGGGUCUCUAACAACUUGGCGGGUACUUGGUGAAAACCUGUUGGGUCUUCUUCAUUCAGCGCUCAGCCAACGGCCACGUCGGUUGUGCGUCAGUAGUGUCGGUCGGGUCUCUGUGCUUCAGCCUGUGCCUGUGUGUCGCCUCCGGGAGAAGAAGCUCCACUGUUAUCGACAUGACGGGUGAACAGAAGGGCACGGUUCUGGUAACCGGUGGUGCCGGAUACAUUGGUUCCCACACGGUCGUAUCACUGCUCGAGGCUGGCUAUGGUGUGGUAGCGCUGGACAAUUUCACCAACUCCGUCAACUCCUCCAAGAAUGAAUCGGUUGCGUUGAAGCGCGUGGAAGAGAUCACCGGCAAGAAGGUCCACUUCUACCGCUGCGAUCUACUCGACAAGGAUGCGGUCGAGCGCAUCUUCAAAGCGCACCGUAUCGAAUCGGUUAUUCACUUUGCCGCAUUGAAAGCGGUCGGUGAAUCGAUGACCAAUCCGUUGCUUUAUUACAAGAACAAUAUGAUCGGCAUGAUCAACUUGCUCGAGGUCAUGGACAGUCUCGGUAUUUACAAGAUGGUCUUCUCGAGCUCUUGCACGGUGUAUGGCGAACCGGAACGGCUACCGAUAACCGAGGAGAAUCCCACCGGCAACGUGACGAACGUUUAUGGGCGCACGAAGUACUUUAUCGAGGAAAUGCUUAAAGAUGCGGUACGGGCCGAUCCGAAGUGGAACAUUAUCGCACUGCGCUACUUUAAUCCGGUUGGAGCACAUAAAUCUGGCCGCAUCGGGGAAGAUCCGACGAAGCAGUUUACCAACCUAAUGCCGUACAUUAGCCAGGUAGCGAUCGGAAAGAAGGAUGUACUGACCAUCUUCGGGAAUGACUAUGAUACACCGGACGGAACGGGCGUACGGGAUUAUGUACACGUUAUGGAUUUAGCUACCGGUCAUGUGGCAGCUUUACAUAAACUGGACAAAGAACACCUUGGCUUAAAGAUGUAUAAUCUCGGUACUGGAAAAGGCAUUUCCGUAAUGGAGCUCAUACAUACUUUCGAACGGGUGAACAAGGUCAAGAUACCGUACGUAAUUCAGGAACGGCGAGCUGGUGACAUAUCGUCCAUGUAUGCCAACGCGACGCUUGCCGAACGAGAGCUCGGAUGGAAAGCGGUGCAUAGCGUCGAUGAGAUGUGUGAAGACUUUUGGCGAUGGCAAACCAUGAACCCGAGUGGCUACAAAACGGAGCAAGCGAAUGGUCACCAUUAACGAGGAAACGUGUGUGCUGGUGCUGCUAAUUGACAGUUUUAUCGUAUUUAUUCAAAUGCAACGCAACCGUCCGUCUUUCCAUCUUCGUCUUCCGUGGCCAGUUCAUACAGGCGUUUGUUUUGCAGUUUUAACACUUCCAUUCCGUAUGAGGUGCAGCCGGGAUAGAGGCUGCGGGCGAAUAGUUCUAAGCAGGUGGCUUGUUGCGGUAUGAAUUUCGAUGUGAAUAAAUCUGAAAUGAAUGCCGGAGUGACCGAUAUAAUGUAA